AUGUCUAUUAAAUCCACUUACAGGCCUCCAAUUUCACUUCAGCACUCCGCAAACAGGUAUGUUAUAGAAACGAACAAUCCAGCUCCUCCGACCCUUUGUUUAGACGACCGAUCUACCUACCCAAUAAGUCAGCAUGCGAGGACAACUAAGUAUGCGAGUAAAACACAAAGCCACGAACAAGGGACGAACAGGUCCACUAAGCCUUCUGCAUCCAUGGAAUCGUCUUCAAUGACGUCCUUUCUGAAGGCCAAAAGCUCAAGGGAACUAGACAUCAAUGGACACAUCUGUCCAGAUUUGGAAGUUGACAAAAUCUCUCUAGAGGCUGGUCACCCGCGAAAGAGAAGUAAGGUGUCUGUUGCGCUGCCCAUUGUAUCCUCGGCUACUAGAAUCUGCUCAAGCUUAAGUAAAGCUCAGCCACCGGAAAAUCUCUUGAACACUCCAAUCGAAGGUCUCACUAAGUCUCAGGACGACUCUUCGGUUGACAGCCCACUUGACAACGAUCGGCUAAAUCAGGGGACAGCGUCCCUCAAUAGAAUCAAUCAACUGCUUCCUCAAUCCGAAGCAUCGCAAUUGUGCAGGUCAUUAGAAAAAAAUAAUAGUUCCUUCUAUCCGGUACUUAUUGAUAAAGCCUCAAAUACAAUGGUGAACCACAUGCAGACAGCCUGGCAGGCAUCCCUUGAGCAGAAGUAUUCACAAAUUGACACAGAUGCGAAGGACGCCUUACUUUCUUCAUCCAAUCCUAACGCCUCUAUUGGUAGGCGUGAUAGGUAUGUAUUGUCAGUCGAACAAUUCUUUACUCGAGAAGGAAAGGGGAUUAACGGAAGGUGUAGAGUGCAUGGUGACACUAUUAAAUCUCCAACAGGUGCAGGGUCCUGUGCACACCCGAGAGCGACAGCAGUUGAUAGAGCCUUGGGAGGUACCCUUUCCCUAUCUGCCCCAGGGGAUUAUUGCGGCCACCACAAACUUUGUAACAGUAUCUAUUCAUCUGCACGCGAGCAUAACGAGCAGCAUCACCAGUCUCUGAUCGAGGCACCUCUGUCUCAUCUUGUUCCGCAGCGACCAUAUACAGCUCUCAAUAGAAUCCCGCAUGUUCUUAGUGAUCAUAUGAAAUUCUUGCAAGAACCUAGGAAGCGUGCUAUACGUGCACUUAUAAAAUCUCUUCCUGCCACUGUCAAAGCUAGUUCUAUUCCUUUGAAACCCAUUUCCGCAACCACACAACAACUCGGCUCCACUGACCCACCCAUGCAUGUACUGAUCAAUGGAGAACAAGUCCCAAUAACAUAUUCAACCGAUGACUCCCCAGUUGUGUCCAAGUUGAGAAACAACUUCUCUUACACGGAUUUAGAAUUUACACUUGGUGCACAUACAAAUUUGAAUACUAGACUGAGGACAGAGACAAAGGUGGAUACCAGUACACACCAAUACCUGCAAAAGAGAGCCACGGAGAUAGACAUAGCCCAGCAAUCAGAAAAGCUAGAGCAAUUAGAGCAGCUAAAGCAAUCACCACCCAAGCACCAACUUGAUAGCAAAGAUACACGAGCACAGAAGCGUAGCAUAUUGAUUAACAACGUUUGCUCAGUGCCAUUGAGGGCAUCACCAACGAAGAAUCCUUUCUGUUCACCCCUUAACUUCUCAAAUGUCGAUAGUGACGAAGACUGCACACAUACGUGCAAUUCGCUGAGUGAUUUAUUGGACAAUUCGGUAACUAAGCAAAGAACGACGAGUAAUAUAUUAAUUUUGAAAAGACGCGAGGAUGUCUUGAAAAACGAUACACUGCGCAGCAUAGCCAAUAGCUUAAAGAGUUUAGAAGCCAUGCAACAGACACGAAAGUCUAGUAGAUCCUUUGCUAAGGCCCAGCAAAACAGUGUCACCGAGAUCCUCCCUAGUUACAAAGAAAACACAACGAGAGUACCCUCACCACACUCUCCGCAUUCUCCAAGGAAAAGAGCGGGGGAGCACAAUAGCCUUGAGAGGACACUCCAUCUAAAAGACUUAGCAAUGCAAUCGAUGGGCCUGGAGCCUACGCAAAGCUACAACAACUGUGCACCCAUCAAUUCUGUAUCUUCAGCGUUUCCACAAACUGCAAAGAGCACGCGUUUCUUCACCUUCAAUGCUUAA